AUGUCUGAAACAGACUCAUUUGUAGAUCCAGUAUUCUUGGCUCGUUUUGGUUUGAGCCGUUGGAAUGUUGUCGAGUACUUUUUGCAUCCUUUAAAUCCAUUUCGGACCAAGGUGAAUACAAGCAAUGAAGUUUUGUCCAUGCAGGGGGUUGCAGUUGGGGUGUUGAUGCAACAAGGUUUGAGGGGCGAAGGGCCCAUGACUCCGCAAGCUGCCGAGGAGGAAUACAGCAAUCAACUCCGUCAAAAUACUGGCGAACAGUACGAACUCUUGCCUCCCACGGAUCCAGCCAUGUUCGCACUACCCUCGCCACUCUAUACCAUUCGACACGUCUUGAGAACCAAUCCUACCACUGUCAAAGUUCUGGGAAUUUACUAUGUCGUGGAAGGAGUCAUCUACAAGGCACCAUCCGUACGGUCCUUGAUGAAAGCCAAUGUCGCACGCACACUGGAAGGACUCAGCGGAGCGUGUCAAGUCCUCAGUGUCUGUGCCAGAUUCCAACCAUCCACAGGCUACACUUGGCAUUUUGAAGCCGAUGGAGAAGACGAUGCCACCGAGGCCGACUUGGAUCCCGUCGCCCUACGGAAACUCCAUCAGCGACGCAAGAGACGCAAAAUUCUAGAUCAUCGGAGACCGGGGGAACGAACGGCAGCCGAAGAAGAAGGUAUUCGAGCAUCGGAAGCCAUGGAUCGGAUACUAGUCCGGCUCAGUCAAUCCUCUGCUGUUACGGGGAAGGACAAAUCAUAA